CGGCCGGGCAGGGGGCGAGCACGGGGUUUGGGGUGCGCGCUGCUCCUCUCAGGAGACGUGUACCCGGAGCAGCUCCCCCUCUCUCCGCUGCCAGGCGAGACUUCCGGUCAGCGGAGGGUUCUCUCUCUCGGUGAACUUGAACGGAGGCAGAGGCUAAGGCGAAACAUUCCCUAGCCAGGCGUGCGUGUCGGUGGAGCCCAGCGAUGGCGGAGUUGGCGACCCUGGGGCAGGAGCCACAGCCGUGGGGCCCCGUGGCCAGAGCUGCGUGAUGGUGCCGUUCGAGCACCUGCCGGAAACAGGGCAGGAAGAUCGGUGACCCCGGAGGAGCACAGGCUGGCGCCGGGAUGCGGGGGAUGAGGCCACUGGGGGCCCCGGCCUCCCUCCCCGCCGGGCGCUAGGGGCCGUGCCCAGGCUCCAGCUGGGAGCCCCGCCGCCCAGGGGCAUGGCCAAACCCCUCUUCCGGCUGCAGAAGCUGGUGCGCCGAACGCGGUUCCUGCUUUUCUUCCUCACGGCCGCCUACCUGAUGACCGGCAGCCUGCUGCUGCUGCAGCGAGCCCGAGUGGCCCUCCCGCCGGGACCCCGAGCGCCCGGGCCCCUGCGGGCCUUACCCGUGGCCGCCGUGGCGCUGGGCGUGGGCUUGCUGGACAGCAGGGCGCUGCAGGCCCCCCGCGUCAGCCCGGAGCUGCUGCUCGGCGUGGACGUGCUGCGCAGGCCCCUGGCCCGGCCCCGGCCCGGCCCCCGUCUCCGGAGCCGAAACUCGGAGCUACGCCAGCUGAGGCGCCGCUGGUUCCACCGCUUCAUGGGUGACCCCCAGGGGCCGCCCGCCCCGGGCCCCGAGGCCCCCAGGCCCGCGGCCAGCAGCCGAGGCACGUACGUCGGAUGUUUCAGCGACAGCGGCCGCGACAGAACCAUGAAGGGCGCCGUGUUCUUUGACUUGAGAAAGAUGACCGUCUCCCACUGCCAGGACGCGUGCGCCGAGCGGUCCUACGUGUACGCGGGGUUGGAGGCCGGGGCCGAGUGCUACUGCGGGAACCGGCUCCCGGUGACCAGCGUCGGGCCCGAGGCGUGUAACCACGAGUGCAAAGGGGAGAAGGGCUCCGUGUGUGGGGGUGUCGGCCGGCUGUCCGUCUACCGCGUGGAGGAGCUGCAGUCCGGCUCCAGGAAGCGGAAGACCAUCACGUACCGCGGAUGCUUCCGCCUGCCAGAGAACGGCACGCGUUCCUUCCCUGACUCCCUGAUGCAGGCCAACGCGACGGUGGACUCAUGCUCUGGAUUUUGUUCCCAGAAAGAGUUCCCGCUGGCCAUCCUUCGGGGCUGGGAGUGCUACUGCGCUUACCCCACGCCUCAGUUCAGCCUUCGGGACGCCGUGGACAGCUCGCUGUGUGGCCAGGAGCCCGAGGCACAGAGGCUGGCCGAGUACUGCGAGGUGUACCAGACGCCCGUGCAGGACACUCGCUGCACGGAUCGGCGGUUCCUGCCCACCAAGUCCAAGGUGUUCGUGGCUCUGUCGAGCUUCCCGGGAGCCGGGAACACAUGGGCGCGACACCUCAUCGAGCACGCCACCGGCUUCUACACGGGGAGCUACUACUUUGAUGGGACCCUGUACAACAAGGGGUUCAAGGGCGAGAAGGACCACUGGCGCAGCCGACGCACCAUCUGCGUGAAGACCCACGAGAGCGGCCGGAGGGAAAUCGAGAUGUUCGACUCAGCCAUCCUGCUGAUCCGUAACCCGUACAGGUCCCUGGUGGCCGAGUUCAACCGCAAGUGUGCCGGGCACCUGGGCUACGCGGCCGACCGUAACUGGAAGAGCAAAGAGUGGCCGGACUUCGUGCACAGCUAUGCGGCGUGGUGGUCCUCGCACGUGCUGGACUGGCUGCGGUACGGCAAGCGGCUGCUGGUGGUCCACUACGAGGAGCUGCGCCACAGCCUGCUGCCCACACUGCGGGAGAUGGUGGCCUUCCUCAACGUGUCCGUGAGCGAGGAGCGGCUGCUGUGCGUGGAGAACAACAAGGAGGGCAGCUUCCGGCGGCGUGGCCGGCGCCCCCACGACCCCGAGCCCUUCACCCCCGAGAUGAGGGUGCUGAUCGACGGCUACAUCCGGACGGUGGACAAGGCGCUGCGCGACCACAGCGGGGCCGGACUGCCCGGCGAGUACGUGCCCAGAUGACGGCCCGGAGCCGCCGCAGGCCCCGCCCCUGCGCUCCCAGACGCGCUGCACACGCCACUGCACGCUUGCGGGGCCACACGGGCUGGGCCGGACCCGUCGGACUUGCAGACGCCGGCCUGUGCGUGUGCCCUGGGCUCCCGGUCCGGCUUUCCUGUUUCCUGCUGCAGACUUGCCGGCCAGAGUCCUUGCUGUCGGACGCGGGGCUGGGGGCGGGUAUCAGUGCCAUGGGCAGCGGGCACCCCGGCGCAAGCGUGAGCUCACGGAUGCUGCUGGGCCCUGCAAUCCUGACGGCACAUCUGACGCCCCAUGAACGCGUGUGGUGUGGCCACCAGGUGCCCCGGUCCGCAGCCCUGCUCUCCCUUCUGUGCAGACGGGCUGGCAGCGCUGGACAGAGUAGAUCCCCCCCACGCCACACACUGACCUCAGGACCUGCUACGAGCUGUGUGCACCCCCACCACCCCGUCCAACGUUAGCAGUCUUUGGAGGGGUCCCCUUGCCCGGCUUCUUCCUCCCUUGUCCCAGAGGCAGGGUGUGAAGCCCAGGGGGCAUGGGGCAGGGAGGGGCUGGCCUCCAGGGGAGCCCCAGCCCCGAGGGCACCCAGGCCUGCAGGAGGAGGCUUGGGGUGCACAUGGGGACCCCAGGAGGGACGGGUCUUGGGGACAACUUGAACCAGUGGCCCCACCCAUCUUGAUGGCCCUGCUCCCUGUGAGGCCUCAUGGGCUGUGUUCCCCAUCCACACGGCCCUCGGGGGAGAGGCCAUGGCUGUGCGUCUGCCUGACCCUGAGGCCAAACCCUCCGUGUUCACCCCCCACCCGUCUCUGGGCCUCAUUGCCACAUCCUCUGUCUCUGUGGGAGGCUGACAUCUUUCCCACUUGCUUAUCCCCAGAGGAAGGGCCCUCAUGGACGCUGCGGCCUGCUGUGUGCUAGCAGGGAGGGGGCGAGGGGGUGGUAGGAGAGGCCCCCUGCCCCCGCUCACAGCCUCAGGGGGCAGGAGAGGGCUGGUGACAAAUGGGAGUAAAGCCAGUUUCAGAGGAGCGUGUGUGCUAUGCAGGCUGAGGGUCACCGUGCGGGCCGGUCUCGGGGAGUCUGUAGGAAACACCCCAGCAGAGCAGAGGGAAGGGUGUUGACAGAGAGAGAGAACAGUGUGUGCAAAGGCUCAGAGGCUUGGAGAGCAGGUGGGUGGCGUGUGGGCGUGUGCGUCUGAGUCCCUGCAGCAGGGGACGGAGUGGGUGGGUGAGGACAGAGGUGGGGACACAGAGGGACUGUCCUCCAGCCCCCUGGUGCUCAGCCUGGACGGACAGAGCUCCCUUCACCGGUACCUCAGGUUCAGAAUGAGGCUAUGCAGACCAGGGCUCCGGUCGGGGGUGGGGGUGGACCCCUGCGAGGUGGGUGAUGGUGCGUGGGCCCCUCGGCAGCUUCUCCAGGCUUGGGGUGACCCCGGCUAGGCCCCGUGGUCUGAGCUCCCACAGCCUGAGCCAAGCUGCACCAGGGGAAGAAAAUGGGGUGAGAGAUUUGGGGAAACCAGCAUUGGAACAUCCUGGCCCUGUGCUCCCCACCAGACAUGGGAAGCCGAGAGCCACCACAGCGAGGGUCCAGCAGGCUGCCCUUCCUCGGAGGGAGGCCUCCACACCUGUCCCCAGCUCUGCCAAAGCCACACUGGUGCUGAGCCCGUCCUGGGCCCCCGACAGCUGCUCUCUGCAUAAUGCUGGAAACGCCGGGUUUUUGUGAACGUUUAUUGGCAUGGAUCCGGCUCCGUGGUCCAGUCUUGGAAGGUCCCUGAUAAAGCUGUUUCUCUGGCUUUGUAGGAAGAGGCGAGGCCUGCUGGGAGGCCCCACCUACCGUGGAAGGUGGUCCAAGGGUCCCUGCACCCCCAAACAAACCUGGAGUCUCAAGGGGAUGGAGAGCCAGAUGCUGGCUGCCUCCUGAGAUUGGUUCCCUAGCUCUGGCCGUUAUUCUUCCUGGCCACCCGGGUGACUUCGGGGAGAAGACCCCGACACUGGGGAGGCUGGGAAGGGCAGAGGUGUGGCUGGGGGCCAACCCGAGCUGGAGUUAGGAUAGCAACACCCCCCUCCUUCCGGCCCCGGUAGAUGGUUCAUUUCCUGCUGCCAGGUGUCCAGAGACCCCCCUUCCUGCCUUGGGGGUUGCAGCACACCUCAGUCAGACCGGCACAUGAGUAGAACGAUGGGGCUAGCGUGCACCCAGGUUGUGCGGAAUUGGUCCACACGGUCAGGCGCCUGACACGGGGCUGGUGCUCCUGGAUGACAGAUGAGCAAGGACGUGCAAAGGCCCUGCUGCUGGUUCUCCGCAGCCAGUGGUCACCAUGCCCUGCCCUGGGGGAGAGGCUGGGGGCAUGGGAAGGGGCUCUGGCUGCCUGUUUAUCUCUGCAAGUGAGGCCUGCCGGGGCUCUCAGCUUUUGCAUUGAGCGGCUGCUGCCCCAAGCAGCAGCUAGGGAGCAAAAGCCAGUGUGAAUUUGGGGGAGAAUUGUGGCAAAACGCUGGCUGCCUGCGGAUUCCACCUUUCACGGCGAGGCCGUGAAAUCACAGAAACCUGUGCUAAGACGUGUAAUUCCCAUGGUUUUCAUCUCCCGUUGUGGAUCAAUUCGGAAACACCAAACUAUGUAAUUUUAAGAAACUAAAACACAUUUCUGAUAAUUCCGGCGAUGUGUAAAUGAGACAGACGAAUAGACAGGCUUCCAGACCCUGGGAAGAAAGCUGCUUAAUUAUGUGAGCAUCUUGUAAUGAAGCGUCUUGCAGCUAAAAUUAGAUGCUGAGUGCAUGAAUAUGUGAUAAUGUUUGCACACCAGAAUGCAUUUUCCCCUUCAACGUGGCAGGAGCUCCUUGGUUCUUGGGGGGCCCCCAGGGAGGAGAUGGGAGUUCUGGGGGGUCCUCCUGGCUGCAAGAAUGCCUGGGGCAGAGCUGUGUUUUCCUGUGGCUGGAAAGGUGCCAGGGGUGUUGCAGGGUGGUUCGCGGGGGUCUAGCGGGAAACUGAUGGGUCUGGGCCCACACGGCUCACCGCUCCCAGUGGGACCAGUUGCCUGAACGAGGUCGAAAUGGAGCGGAAGUCAGACCAAGAGCUGGGCAAGCCGCCCCUGGCCUGGAUGAAGCCAGUGGCUCCUUCCAUCUCUCUGGCUGUGGGUCGAUUCAGGGACAGUGGUGUGGCCGGGGGGCAUCUCAGGAUGUUGGGAACGUGCGCUGCUGGUGGGGGGGGGGCGUCAGCGACCUUGGGUCUGCGGAGCGGCCACCCUCAGGUGAUGCUGGUUCUGCCGCAGGGGCGGUCGGGGGCACGAGGAGCCAGGAACGGCAUCAUUCAGUCCGCUCCGCUUUGCCUGUGAUCGCCCUCCGUCUGGACGGUUUUGUUACAUGAGCCAAUAAAUCCCCUUUCUUGUUCACCUCGGGUUCAGUUGGGCUUCUGUUCCUUACGGGCUGCAGGGCUGCGGGCUUGGCUCCAGGUUCUGUCAGUCUCUGUGGCUGACGGGGGUGGAGACCGAGCCUCGGCCCCGUUCGAGCUGGGGGGCCGGCGACGGUGCCUUUCCCUGGAACAGAGACCUCGUCCCGCGUGCGCCUCAGUCGGGGGAGAGAUUUAGCUUCUGAGC